CAGUGUUAUCGAAGCUUUACGUUGCGCAAGUUACUUUUGUAAACACGACAGCUGAUUUUUAUUUUCGGCACUGCAGUUUAAGUUAUUUAAUUAAAAUAAGUGAUAAUGCUGUCUACUGGCACUCCGUUGAGGGUGGCGGCAACGCGUUUGGCAGCUCAGCUCAGUCGCAGCUAUGCCGCCGUAGCUGAAACGCAACAGGCGACGCCGCCUGCGCCCCCCUCGCCACCUAAACGUAACGUUAACAAAAUGGGAGGAUGGCAACUUCAUAGCUAUGGCGACAUUGAUGAACUGCAGUAUUCCGAUAAACUAAAGCUUCCUCAGAUACGCAGCUCCGACGAGUGCUUGGUGCGUGUUCGCACCACAGCCGUCAAUCCCAUUGAUUUGGCCAUGUUGCGAGGUUACGGCGCCACCUUGUUGAACACAGUGCGCUGUAAGUCCGGCGAUGCCAUCGAAUUCCCUUUGACGCUGGGACGCGAAUUUUGCGGUGAACUGGUUCAGAAAGGAAUGGGCGUGGCAGGCAAUGAACAACUGCAGCUGGGCAGCCGAGUGUGGGGCGUUGUGCCCAUCUCCAACACAGCCGGAGCUCAUGCUCAAUACGUUGUAGUGCCCCAAUCUUGUCUUGCUCCCGCUCCCAAGGAACUCGAUGAUAAUGAGGCUGCCAGCGUGCUUUAUGCCGGCUUAACCGCCUGGUCGGGUCUCUACAUAAGUGGCUUCCUUGGAGGACCAUGUGGCGCUACGACAGCAGCUGGUGGAGGUGCCAACAAACGUGUGCUCGUCUUGGGCGGAUCAGGAGGCGUUGGUUCGUUGGCUGUUCAAAUGCUGCACGCUCAAGGCGUUCAGGUGCUGGCCACAUGCAGUGAGAAUGCCGUUGAAAUGGUUCGUUGCUUGGGAGCUGAUAUUGUGGUGGAUUACACAAAUCCCGCCCAGAUGGAACAGCUUUCGACCUAUGCUCCAUAUGAUAUUGUGCUGGAUUGUGCGGGACAAGGUGGCCAGCAGGCGGCGGAACUCAAAUUCGACUUCAGGCAGUAUAUCACCUUCUCGUCACCCAUGUUGGCUAACAUUGAUAAGCAGGGUAUCUGCUUGGGAGCCUUGCAAAACAUCUCCGAUCUGCUACAGACAAAUGUGCGGGCAGCAACGCAACGAGGAGGAUUGGUCAAGUGGGGUUAUUUCUACCCAGCAGCACAUGGCAUUGAGUUCUUGCAGCGCCUCGUUGAGCGGCGUAAGUUAAUGCCACAAAUCGACAGCAGCUUUGAUUUUGCGGAGCUGCCAAAGGCAUUCGAGCGCAUGAAGCAGGGACACUUGCGUGGGAAGGUCGUUGUGCAGCUGAAAGACUGAAUUACUUGUUGUUAAUUAAUAAAAAUUGAAUUGUUUAAAAGGAAACUCCAGUUUUAAAUUUAACUUCUCAACAGUGGCCCAACAGCUUUUCAAAUAAGUGCGCCAUUGCACAGUAUGAGAUGUUACCAGCUGCAUGUGCAGUGCCUUCUAUUUUGGUAUAUUGCGGUCUUUUUGGCAAAUUUGACUCGCGGUCACACUUCAGCUCAGGUGUUUCCAAUAAGAAGUGAGUUUUUUUUUAAAAGUGCGGUUCGUCGGGUUUUCAGUCGCGUAAAUUUGCAUUAAAAAGUGUUUUUAAUUAACGAAAAAUGUACAAACGGAGUGCCCAAGAUGUUGUUCUGCAGCAGAGCCAAGACGGCUAAUUAAUGCACAAAGCUGUUUAACAAUACCAUAUACAACAACAAUAAUAGUUGAAGAGAGCUGCUAAUAAAAAUCGUCGUCAUGAAUCGCCGCAAUUUGCAUUGAGAAAGUGUUGCAUACUUUUCGCGUUUCGCGUUCGCGUGUGUCUCAGUUAUAUAUUUUUGUGUGUUUCCGAUUCCGUCUCCCACAUAAUUCGCGUUAAUCACUCGCUCUCCAACCAUUAUAAUAUAUAAUAAAUCUCCGUGUGUGUGUCGUCUGUGUCUGUGUGUUUGUGUAUAUUUUAUGCUGCUCUGCUGUACAUAUGUACAAUAUUAAUCGUCAUCGUCUUUAUCGUCAUCAUCGUCAUCGUUAUUGUUGCUGUUGUUGUUGUUAUUUGCUCGGCAUUUCGUAUCAAAUAUAAAAAUAUAAAUCAUUUGUGUUCUUCGGUGUUGUCUCGUGUCAGUGUCUAUAAUUUGUUCAAAUACGACAAGCGAUCAAGCGCUAAACCCAAGCGGAAGACCAAAAAAAAAGCAACAACAACAACCAUCAGCAACAACAACAACUACAACAACACUUUUUCAAAGAUAUGGCAAAUAUUUUACAAUUGUGCGCUCAUCGAUUUGCAUCUCAAGCACAACAACACAAAAACAAGUUGCAGCUGGAAACGCCUAGCAGCCUGAAAUUUGUGGCAAACAUUGUGUGAUUCCCCCCAAAACAAACAAAACAAAACAAAGCAAAAAAACACCCAGUGGGAAUUGGUCAACACACAAGGCUAUCAACGUUU